ACUUUUUUUCUCCUCGCCAAAUGGUUGAUUCCUGCAUUUUCUAAAUAAUCAAAAGGAGUCUCAUCGCAUGCUUACACGUGAUUGCAACAAAGAGUUAACCAUCAUUUGUUCAUCUCCCUUCUGUUUUUUUUGCGCCAUAAUUUCCCCCGCGGAAUGAAUCUGGUCUGGAGCAGCAGACAGCGAUCCCAAAAACUCAAUAAAAUAUUAUCAUUGUCUGUUCAAAAGGUGUACGGACCUGAAAUUACUAUGACGCAAAGGCCAAAGUGAGAAAGUCCCGUUUUUGAAAACUCUCAAAUUGGUCCAACUGUCCAAUAAACUCUGUCUAUUAUUGCACCUCGUUGGCAAAGCUCUCGCCUUUCUACAUGUGUGAGCAGCAGAGUGUGCACACAGCACACAUAGCUAGCUAGCCACAAGCAAAAAAAGAUCUGGCAGCAAAGGUGAAGCUGAAAAGUGAAAACCCAGAAGAGAUGCCAAACAUCAUAGUGAAAGGAGGGAGCCGGCCGCCAUGGGUAGGGUUAGCUGCUGCUGUGUGGGUCGAGGUAGCUGCAGGGAAUGGCUACACAUUCCCUCUCUACUCCCCUGCGCUCAAAGCCGUGAUGGGUCUCAACCAGCAGCAGAUUACGAUACUGGGUGUUGCUAAUGAUAUUGGGGAGAGUGUGGGUUUGCUCCCUGGCAUCGCCUGCAACAAGUUCCCUCCAUGGGCUGUUCUCUCCGUUGGCGUCGUUAUGUGUUUCUUGGGAUAUGGCGUUCUCUGGCUGACUGUCAGCCAGACUGUUGUGGGCUUGCCUUACUGGCUGUUAUGGAUUGCACUAGUUAUUGGAACAAAUAGCAAUGCAUGGUUCGGCACAUCUGUUCUUGUAACUAAUAUGAGAAACUUCCCCCUCAGCAGGGGCACUGUCUCCGGUAUCCUUAAAGGCUAUGUUGGGCUGUCUGCUGCAGUUUACACAGUGAUAUACAACAUGGUCCUCAAGGAUUCUUCAUCCAACUUCCUAUUGUUCCUAACCCUUGGCAUCCCAGUUACAUGUUUACUGAUGAUGUAUUUCAUUCGGGUGUGUACUCCAGCUUCUGGAGAAGACUCUUCAGUGCAUGUCCAUUUUCUUUUCACUCAGGCUGCAAGCGUUCUGCUUGCCAUUUACCUUCUGACAACCACUAUAGUGACUGAUGUAUUUGCUCUAAGCAAUGCUGCUUGCUAUACAUUGGUUGCAAUCAUGGUGGUUAUUAUGGCUUCUCCUCUGGCUAUUCCUGUCAAAAUGACUCUAUUUCCUGCCAAGAAACGGAGCCCACCAACUUCUGCCUCAAAUCUUGCUGCUGCUCCUGUUGCUGAAGAAGGUGACUCAACCCCACCAACCGAGCAGCCUUUGUUGGUUCAAUCAGAAUCAGCAGCUUAUCUAGGGAAUUUCCUUGAGAAUGAGGAUUUUUCAGAUGUUGAAACACUUCUUGCUGUUGGGGAGGGAGCUGUGAAGAAGAAAAGGAGACCUAAGAGGGGUGAGGACUUCAGAUUCCGCGAGGCUGCAGUAAAAGCUGAUUUCUGGCUUCUUUGGAUGGUAUACUUUCUUGGAGUUGGUUCAGGAAUUACUGUCCUGAAUAACUUGGCCCAGAUCGGGAGCGCAUUUGAAGUUAAUGACACAACAAUGUUGCUUGCCAUCUUCAGCUUCUGUAACUUUGGUGGACGCCUUGGAUCUGGCGUUGUCUCCGAGUACUUUGUCAGGUCAAGCACGACUCCGAGGUCUGUGUGGAUGACAUUAGCGGAAGCAAUCAUGGUCAUAGUUUUUAUUCUGUUUGGUCUCGGUGUUGAUGGCAUGCUGUAUGUGGCAACAGCUCUGAUUGGUGUCUGUUACGGAAUCCUCUACUCUGUUAUGGUUCCAAUCGUUUCUGAGCUCUUUGGCCUAAAACAUUUUGGCGUCAUUUACAACUUUGUGCUACUUGGAAAUCCUGUUGGUGCUCUUCUCUUCUCAGGAGGACUUGCUGGGACUAUGUAUGAUGUCGAAGCUUCUAAGCAAGGAAGCUCCACCUGUGUGGGCCAUGAAUGCUUUAGGGUGACAUUCCUGGUUCUAGCUGCCAUCUGUGGAUUUGGCACUCUCUUGAGCAUCAUCUUGACUAUCAGAAUAAGGCCUGUUUACCAGAUGCUUUAUUCGGGGGGCUCUUUCCGUAUACCUCAGACUUCAGGACAUUGAUGAGUAGCGGAUAUAUAUAUUGUAUGGGCUUCCGAGAAAGAGCAAGUUUGUUUUGCAAAGGCUUGCUCUAAACCAGCCAUUCAGUAGUAUACCUAUUAUAUAGGAGCUCUUACAUUUGCAGGUAAGAGUUUGUGAAACGCUGUUGUUUAUUGGAGUUUUGUCAAAUGUUGUAUGUAAUGAUCUUCAAUAGCGAAGGAUCGUGGGGUUCGUGAUGUAUGAAGGCUACAUGCUUCCAGAUUUAAUAUAGAGAAAUAAGAUUGUUUUCCUAUGCUAUAUGGUUAAAUUCCCUUGACUCCUUAUUUUUGGAUUAGGGAGAUUGAUGUUACAAAACCUGUUCUUGGCAGUCUUAUGACAGUAUGGAUGUAUGAUACCUCCAAAAUCAUUUUGACCGACUGCAAUCAUAGUAAUUUACAGUAUGAGAAACUGUUUCCGGGAAGUAACAGGGCUUGGAGCCUCUUGAGAUGUGUUUUUAGUUCAGGAAAAGGAGUGAGCUAUUUAGUUCAACAGUAGAAUACUGGUUUUUCAGGUCUCUGGUGAAUUUGGGAGUUAAACGAAGAACCAGAAACAGAACACAGAGAAAUGGAACAUGCAAAGCUUUUCUAAGACUUGAGGAAGCAGACAGUAAAUCAGCCAUCACACAUUCUGCCUGGUUUCUAUAAUUUCAUUGCACAUUUGCACCAUGAUUACAAUUAGGUAAGCUGAAAAAUAUGACAUCAUAUGACAUAUAUGUUGCAAUAGAUUCCAAAUUCCACA